CCUUCUUGAUGAUAAUUAGCGCCCAUUGUUGCCCUAGUGUCUGGUUUUUGAAGGCAUUUCUCGACGUCCUCAGAAUACGGUUAGACGUUAAAUUUCGAAGUCACACUUGAGCGAUCUGCCUGUCAGGAAGUUGAAAACCGCUACGUUUGCAGAGAGUGGAGGAGGAAUAGGAGGAUGGAAGGAAAAAAUACCUCGGUGAACCUUUGAACCUUCUUCUCGAACAGUCACAAGACUAGGUUCGUAUACUUCCUAAUCGGAGUAGGAUAUCACACAUACCGAUGCAGGCGACCCGGUUCACUAACAGUGAUUCGUUUGGAUAAAGAAAAUAAAACGAACGGAAAACAAGGCGAAGGGGAGAGAGCAGCACCUCGGCACUCUUCUACGCUGCUGAAAGAGAGUCGUCAGGAUCAGGAAAGAGAAAAUAAGACGACCAUCAUGUCAUCUGUUCAUUUCAAUCCAGGGUCGGAUUCCAAGGAAGUUAAUGGUAGUGUAGAGAAGCUGGAGGAGGCUAAGGUGGAGAUAGACGAUGGGAAGGAUGAGAGUGCUGAACCUGAUACCAUGUAUCAACUUAUUCGGAUGAAGAUUGCGCCUUUUGUCAUGUCCUUCGGAUUCCGUAUGUUUGGUGUGGUACUGAUCAUAGUAGAUAUAGUGCUGGUGAUAGUAGACCUGUCUCUGAUGACGCGGAGCAGAGAUGUGGGGGAUGUUCUAGAGACGGUCUCUCUCAUCAUCUCUCUGUUCUUCCUCACCGACGUACUGCUACGGGUCUAUGUAGAGGGGUUCAAGGUGUACUUCAGUUCCAGACUGAAUAUCAUAGAUGCCUGUAUUGUUGUCAUCACCCUGGUUGUCACUAUGAUCUACACCUUCUCUGACCUGACAGGGGCCAGCCUCAUACCCAGGGUGGUGACGUUCCUGCGUUUUCUAAGGAUUAUAAUCCUGGUCAGGGUCUUCAGAUUAGCCUCUCAGAAGAAAGAACUGGAGAAGGUCACCAGGAGGAUGGUGUCUGAGAACAAGCGUCGCUACCAGAAAGACGGAUUUGACCUGGAUCUCACCUACGUCACAGAUCGUGUCAUUGCCAUGUCGUUCCCCUCCUCUGGGAAACAAGCCCUGUACAGAAACCCCAUCAGGGAGGUGGCUAGGUUCCUAGAUACCAAACAUGAAGACCACUACAGAGUAUACAACCUCUGCAGUGAGAAAGGUUACGACCCCAAGUUCUUCCACUACAGAGUAGAGAGGGUGUUUAUCGACGACCACAACGUGCCUUCUCUAGAGGACAUGCUGAAGUACACUGCAGGUGUGAGAGAGUGGAUGGCAGCGGAUCCCAAAAACAUCAUUGCCAUACACUGUAAAGGAGGAAAAGGGCGUACAGGGACUCUGGUGUGUACCUGGCUCAUUGACAGUGACCAGUUUGAGAGUGCUCAGGACAGCUUGGACUACUUUGGGGAGAGGAGAACAGACAAGAGCCGCAGCUCCAAGUUCCAGGGAGUGGAGACCCCGUCUCAGAGCAGGUACGUGGGUUACUAUGAAGUGAUGAAGACUAAGUUCAACCGACAACUUCCUCCAGAACAGAGCCUUAAGAUCAAGAGCAUCCGCAUCCACUCCAUAGCAGGUGUGGGUAAAGGGAAUGGUAGUGACUUGAAGGUGAAGAUCAUUGUCAGGAAGAAGCUGGUGUUCCUGUGUGUCUGUGCCAAACAAGAGAACUGCACGGUGUUUCCUGAUGCUGGUACCAACUCGGUGGUGAUCAGCCUGCAGGAGGGGCCUGUUGUCAACGGUGACGUUAAGGUCAUGUUUGAGUCCUCUGCUGGUCUCCCUAAAGGAUAUGAAGACUGUCCUUUCUAUUUCUGGUUCAACACCUCCUUUAUAGAGAACAACAGACUGGUCCUGUCUAGAGAAGAAUUGGACAACCCCCACAAGGCCAAAACCUGGGAUCUCUACAAGGAGGCCUUUGGAGUCACCCUGUCUUUCUCUGAACCAUGACCUCUGACCUUUUAACCCCUGUCCAACUCUGAGCCCUUACCCCUGAUAACAAACCUGUCUGUGUGCCAAAUAGCACUCUGUAUAGUGCACGGUCAGACCAGAGCCCCCAUGGGGCCUGUAUAUAACUAAAGUGCUGUAUAGAGAUUAGGGUACCAUUUUGAGAUUCAUGCCUUCUUUGACCCAUGAUAGUCCUGUCAGACCAAAGGGCCUACACCUCCUGAACUAGCCAAAGACACUCCACUACCAGAAAUGACUGGCUGUGUCCCAAUCCUCUAUCCUUUCUCCUAGUGUGUGCACUUGUUCACUUCCUUUAUCAUUUGAUAAGAAAUAUGGUAGAAACUCCCACCAAUCCAACUUGGGGAAGCAGCGAAGGUGUGUACACCUUUUUAUUUAGGAGAAAGGCGAUUAUUAUUGGGACAGAGUCCCUGGUGUCUGUUUGCACUGAGCCAUUAGACCUUAAGUUUAUCAUUAGUCCUCUGUGGUCAAAUCUGUGGAUUUUUUGUAUAUAUUUUUCUACAUUUAUGUUAACAAACAAGAAGGGAUCAUUUGGAUGUGAGGGAUGUUCAGUACUUAAACCUUAAAGAUGAUUGUUGUGGAGACCUUGGAAGAUUUAUGGGCCAGUUUCCCGGACAUAGAUUAAGUAUAGUCCUGGACUAAACAGCUGUUUAAAUUGAAAGUGUGUUUUCUUUUUUGUCCAGGUCUAGGAUCAUCUGAAACCAGGCUUGUCCAGGUCUAGGAUCAUCUGAAACCAGGCUUAUAAAUGUAACUGAAUAUUCUGUGCUAAUAUUAUCCUGUCAAUGCGAAGGGGUAUACUAAAGAGCAAGAUCUAUAAAUUAGCAAACUAAACUUGAAAUAUUCAGAAAUAUAUAUAUAUAUAUAUAUAUAUAUAUUUUUUUUUUGUAAGGAUAAACUUGAAAUGGGCAUGGUCUAAUUGACUCAACAACCAAAAACACAUUUCUGAGUUUAACCUUCUUAAUGAAUCAGAAAAUCAAUAGAUAUUUCUUGUUGUUUAUCAGUUAGCUGGCUAACUUGUUGAUCCUGCAUUGUAGUAGAGCCCCCUGGAUAGUGAAUGGGCUGUAGGUGAGGAAGACUGGGGUUCUGUUUCACUAAAAUAUCAGUGUUCCAGCUUAAAAUAAAUAAACAAAUAUAUUUCCACGUGU